CGUCUUGUUGUGUGUGCAAUCAGAGCCCCAUUGGGGACCGCAUUGUGACCCAAUUCAGCGUCUGCUUGUUUUGUGGUCCAUUUUGCUCGUCGUAUCUGCUUCAGUCAGCUCCACACUUAGUUUCUAAGCAAACACACACUCACCAAUACACACACACACACACACACACAAACACACACUACAAAUGGAUAUGUCCAGUGCCAACUCAUUGCGACCGCUUUUCGCCGGUUAUCCUUUUCAAGGUCAGGGACGCGUCAAUCAGCUCGGGGGAGUCUUCAUCAAUGGUCGCCCGCUGCCCAAUCACAUUCGUCUGAAGAUUGUCGAAAUGGCGGCCAGCGGGGUGAGGCCAUGUGUGAUAUCCCGACAAUUGCGGGUCUCGCACGGAUGCGUCUCAAAGAUACUGAAUCGAUAUCAGGAGACGGGCUCGAUACGGCCGGGCGUGAUUGGUGGCAGCAAACCGAAGGUGACAUCGCCGGAGAUCGAAGGCCGGAUCGAUGAGUUGCGCAAAGAGAAUCCGGGCAUAUUCAGCUGGGAGAUACGCGAGAAACUGAUCAAGGAGGGCUUUGCGGAUCCACCGUCAACAUCAUCGAUCAGUCGUCUGCUGAGGGGCAACGAUCGCAGCAGCGAGGAUGGACGCAAGGAUUAUACGAUCCAUGGCAUACUGGGCGGCCGUGAUUCGGACAUCAGUGAUACGGAAUCGGAGCCGGGCAUUCCAUUGAAGCGCAAACAGCGUCGCUCCCGCACCACAUUCACCGCCGAGCAGCUGGAGGCGCUGGAGCGUGCCUUUGCCCGCACCCAGUAUCCGGAUGUCUAUACCAGGGAGGAGCUGGCACAGACCACCAGUCUGACGGAGGCACGCAUCCAGGUGUGGUUUUCCAAUCGACGUGCCCGUCUUCGCAAACACUCGGGUGGCUCCGGUUCCGGUCUGUCGCCCAUGAAUGGCAGUGGUCCCGGGGUGCCUGCUGGCCUUGGUGUUGGCGGCAAUGGUGCGGCUGCGCCACUUGGCUUUGGGCCACUCGGCGUGGGUUCGAUGGCGGGCUAUAGUCCCGCCGCCGGCACCACGGCCAGUGGUUCGGCGGGCAUGACCGAUGGCUCCCAUCAUCAUCAUCACACCACCACCGCCCAUGCGCCCAGCUCUCACAGCGCUGCUGCAGCGGCGGCUGCAGCUCAUCAUCACACCCAAAUGGGUGGCUACGAUCUGGUGCAGAGUGCGGCAGCGCAACACGGCUUCCCGGGUGGAUUUGCGCAACACGGACACUUUCCCAGCCAGAACUACUAUCAUCAAGACUACUCAAAACUGAGCAUCGACGACUUCUCGAAGCUAACCGCGGACAGUGUAUCAAAGAUCUCGCCCUCGUUGCAUCUGAGCGAUAAUUAUGCCAAGUUGGAGUCGCCGUCGAACUGGUCGCAGGCCGCCUAUCAUCUCAACCAGUCGGCGGUGGCGGCGGCCAAUUACAAUGCGGCAGCCGCUCACCAUGCGGUCGCCCAGCAUCAGUUGACCACGGAUUAUGCAUCGGCUGCCGCAGCCCAUGGUAAUGUGGUGCCCAGUGCCUACAAUCAUCCACUGCCCGCCCAGGGACAAGCAGCCAAAUACUGGUCAUGAGUUGACCCCUGCAUCCGCUCCUGCCCCUGCCCCUUAACCGAUACUUGAUUUAGUUGUAUAUUUAAGUAUUAAUUAUAAUUAAUACAGCAGAGGCACACACACAACACACACAUACAUAUGUAAAUCGAAGACACAUACCUAUUUAUUCAACAUUGGCUUAGCUAUAAUAUUAUAUAGUUUAACACGGCAUUCAGAGGCGUCAAAUAUAUUUAUUUGUAAAAUCUAAGACAUGAGACGC